AUGAGGGUCAGCAUAGCUUGUGUGCAGGAGACUAGGUGGAAAGGGUCGAAGGCGAGGAAUGUAGACGGGUUUAAGCUGUGGUAUUCUGGGGUCGUGAGGGGUAAGAAUGGAUUGGGUAUCUUGGUUGAUAGGGAUCUUAGGGAGUCUGUGGUGGAGGUUAGGCGAGUGAACGAUAGGUUAAUGUCUAUUAAGUUGGUUAUUGGUGGUUGCGUCCUCAAUGUCAUCAGCGCUUAUGCGCCGCAAGCAGGCCUAGACGAGGAGGUUAAGAGGCGCUUUUGGGAGGGCUUGGACAAGUUGGUGAGUAGUAUUCCCCAAUCUGAGAAGUUAGUUAUUGGAGGGGAUUUUAAUGGUCAUAUUGGGGCUGAUGCUGGUGGUUAUGGUGAGGUGCAUGGUGGCUUUGGCCUUGGGGUUAGGAACGGAGGAGGCACUUCGCUGCUUGAUUUCGCUAGGGCUUUCGAGCUUUUGAUUGCGAACUCGUCAUUUCAGAAGAGGAAGGAGCAUUUGGUUACUUUCAAAAGUUCGGCGGCGAGGACUCAGAUUGAUUACCUCCUCCUCAGAAGGAGCGAUAGAGGGUUGUGCAAGGACUGUAAGGUUAUCCCGGGAGAGUACUCUUCAUAG